AUGUGUGGUCUGCGAUUUAUCAGCUACAGCCUGGAGCAUUGCUGGAGCCUCAACAAACCGAGGCGCAUAGUGCAGCUAUGUUGGUUAUUUUCCUAUACUUUCUACCACCCUUUUUUCUACAAUGGACCUAUUAUUGGGUACAAAGACUACAUCCAGCAGAUCAAACAACCAGUUGAAGACCUGGGCAGAGAUUGGGCUGUGCUUAAAUUCCUUAUUUUUCGAAUAUUGAGAAUUAUACUGUGGUGGGGUAUUGCUGAAUACAUGCUCCAUUCCAUGUAUAUGCACUCAAUUCAGAGCAAUGAGACCUACUUGGAGAUACUUCCUCCUUGGGCGCUCGGUGGCCUGGCACUAGCCCUUGUCCAGUUCUUCUAUGUCAAGUAUUUGGUCUUUUUUGGCUUGCCAUCCAUGCUGGCAAUGAUGGACGGACUGAUCCCCCCAAAGCUCCCUCGUUGUGUUAGCAUCAUGCGCACUUUCACUGGAAUGUGGAGGCAUUUUGAUGAGGGCCUUUAUCGGUGGCUCAUCAGAUACAUCUAUGUGCCGUUGGGAGGUUCUCGCCACGGUCCUCUUCACAAAGUGUUGUCCAGUGCUUUGGCGUUUGCAUUUGUCUGUCUGUGGCACGGCGGCCAUGACUACUUGCAGUACUGGGCUCUGAUGAACUGGGCCGGGGUGAUGGUGGAGAGUGCAAUGCAGACGCUCUUAUCCUCAUCACUAAUUCAGCCUUUUAUUGAGCGACAUUUUUCCGCAGCCAUGAAAAGACGUUGCGUUGCUCUUCUUUGUGCCUUUUCCACCGCCAUGCUCAUCCUGUCAAAUCUGAUAUUCCUCGGAGGGAUCCAUGUGGGAAGAAUCUUCUGGAAACGCCUUUUUGUUCAAGGCUGGUCGACUGUGGCACCUCCCAUGCUGGCCUUUCUCUAUUGUUUUGCACAGAUUGGACUGGAGCGGACUCCUGCCCAGCACGAGUCACCUUGA